UUUCAUUUAAGAGAAAAAAGAUUAAGUUGAUAAUUUAUUAAAAUGUUGUUAUCAUUCUAUUUUCGUUUCGUAGUGGUUGUACAGUUGUAUGAAAUAAAAGAAUCAGAAGAGCAAAAAGUUGCCAUAAACAACUCAUUUAUUGCAGCCGCCGAACAUUUUAGUGCUAAAUUAACAAAAACUAUUUCCAAAAAUGAAGGAUAUAACUUCGUCAUUAGUCCAGUUAGUGAAGUACUUGCAUUAUCUUUACUUGGAUCCUCCUCCGAUACAACAGCAUUAAAAGAAAUAAAAGAUACUAUUGGAUUAACGCCAGAAAAUAAUAAACGAGAAGAAUUUCAAUUCUUUGUUGACAAUUUACAUGCAAAGGCGAAUGUGACACUAAAAAUUUUAACGGGACUAUUCAUAAAUGCGAAUAUUCCAAUUAAGAAUGAAUUCAGAAUGUUAUCAACAAAUUUUUUCAAAAUAAAACUUGAUUCCGUUAAUUAUUCUCAUCCAUAUGGAGCUUCAGCCAAAAUUAAUUCUUGGUUAGAACAAGAGACUGAUUUCAAGAUUGAUAAUCUUGUUGAUUUUGAUAAAAUAAACGAGUCUACUAGUAUGAUUGUUACAAAUGCCGUCUACUUCAAAGCAAAAUGGCUCAAUAAGUUUUGUGCUGAAAAAACUGUAGAAAACACAUUUUCUACUAGUGACGGUGAUAAACAAAAUGUACCAAUGAUGUAUACGGAUAGUUCUUUUAUCACAGGACCGAUUUCUGAUUUAAGUGCUUCAUUCAUUGAACUGCCCUAUGAGGACACUCAAUUUUCAAUGAUUAUUAUCCUUCCUUAUAAAGUAGAUGGUCUUGAAGAAGUGGAAGAUUGUUUGGCAACAAUGACUCUUACACAAAUUUUGAGUAAUGGAAAUUAUAUGCCUGUUAGAUUAGGUAUGCCAAAAUUCCAAAUUAAAACCGAAUUAGAAAUGACAAACGCAUUGAACGAGAUGGGUGUUAAUGCAAUGUUCACAGAAUCGGAUUAUUUCUCUCGUAUAUCAGACAAUGCGACUCAUGUGAGUCUUUUUUUGCAAAAAUCUUACAUUGACGUAAAUGAACAAGGAACCGUAGCGUCUGGAAUCGUUGGAUUCCAAAGCGCAUCUCUGGUUAAUGAAAACAUUUAUCCCCAAAUGCCUACUUUUUCAGUCGAUCGACCUUUUCAUUAUAAAAUAAUUAAAUAUGUUAAUGAGACAAGCACUGAAAGCAUUGUUCUGUUUGCUGUUUUACUAUUUUCAAACGUUAAACUAUCAAAUAUCACGAAGUGA